AAUCAGCAGUAUGCAGGUUGAACGGUGUAAAUACACCGAGAAGGAUUUAAAAUAAAUAAAUAAAUAAAUAAUUUAUGUGGUUAGAAUCUUGCCGUCUGAUUUUUUUUUUUUUUUUUUCUUCAAUGUGGAAAUCCGAACGUCAGUCUGAAAUUGAUUUUCACGGUUUUGCACAAAUCUAAAACGCAAUUCCACUCUCAGGUUAGCACGUAGCACCUCCAGGGUUGGAGGUUCGAAUCCCACUUCCGCCCCGUGUGCGCGGAGAUCGCACGUUCACCCCGUGCUUCGGGGGUUUCCUCCGGGUACCCGAGUUUCCUCCCCGAAGUCCAAAGAUCUGCGCUGUAGGUUGAUUGGCAUUUCCAAAUUGUCCGUAGUGUCUGAAUGGGGUGUGUGUGUGGGUGGGAGAGAGGGAAAGAGAUUGUGCCCUGCGAUAGAUUGACCAUGUGCCCCGAGUCCACUGGGAAUAGGCUCCAGGCUCCUCACGACCCUGUAUAGGAUAAGCGCUAUGUAAAAUGGAUGGAUUGAAUGGAAUUACAGACUUAACGGUCUGCGAUCAUACAUUUGGGGAAAAUCCUAAUUAAAAUUCGAGUAGUAAUAAAUUUCUAAGAAGAAUUCCGACUUCAAUACCAUUUUAAUUGACUUUUAUUUUAUUUUUAAAAUCGACGUUCGAACUUUAUCCUCUGUUAAAGGACGGGAGUUGCAUGAAUGUUACUUUGAAAGCAAAUCUGAAAAUGUAAACGAAUCAAGAUUAGUAAAUGAACUGCAAAAUUCAUUUUUGUUUAAUAUACAAAUGUAAAACAAUACAUUUUUUUAAAAAUAAAUAAAUAAUAAAUUCUAAUUCCUAACUCUGUUUUAGGGAUUUCUCCAACUCAUGCAAGAACAAAAAAAAAAUUCUCUGGUGGGGAAAAAUGUACAACAACAACAACAGAUAGGAACAGAGUCAUUCAAAAGUGAAACAAAAAGUAUAAACAGUGACUUUUAAGGCUUUUAUGGCCAAAUCCAGGAAGCAGGAUAUGAUCCCAGCCCCAAAACACUCACAUGACAGCUGAUAUUUUGCGGAACCCCUGUUCCUCAGAACCAUCUUGGUAAGAAGCAUCAAGUGUUCAUCGGGAAGCCACAUUUCUACACAAGUUUCCGUCAGCCCCAGGCCAUGGAGGAAAACAGCAGCCAAUUGGAAUUGAUCAUGACUGAUUUGGACGAGGAAGCUGAGGGGAACAUAGUCAAAGAGCGUGUGACUAAUCACGCCCAUCAUUCCUUCAUCAGACCAAGCCAACACACUCUCGGAAACAUCUGCUUCAUGGUUACUGCUGCUCUUUUCAUAUUUGCCUUUGGAUCCCUGAUCGGCUACGUCGCUCAUACAAAGAGAGACGGAGGCGCUCCAGGCUGCAUAGAGUCUACAUCCUCUGAAGACGUGGUUCAGACAGAAACAAUCUUAGACUGGAGCAAUAUUACAUCCUUGUUAAAGGACAAACUAACCACAAGCAGCAUUGAAAACAGUCUUAAUGAAUUCUCCAGUAUCAGUCAUCAGGCAGGAUCUCCAGGAGACGAGACACUCGGCAGAAAAGUGUGGGAAAAGUUCACCGAUUACGACAUGGCGCCUUGGACUGAUUCACACUCUGUUAAGAUCCAUGUUCGUCCUACAAAAGGCACCAACACAGUGAUGUUCUGUAAUAAAACAUUUUCAGAACCUGGCUAUUUGGCCUACAGUCCAACUGGAACGGCACAGGGUGCAGUCCUGUAUGCUCAUUACGGACAAACAGGGGACUUUAAGUCCCUGCGAGACUUAAAUAUAAGUUCAGAAGGAAAGAUCAUCUUGAUCCGAGCUGGUAAAAUAAGUUUUGCUGAAAAGGUUGCUAAUGCUGCCAGUGAGAACGCUAGUGGGGUGCUGAUCUAUCCAGAUCCUGCUGAUUACUUGUUUGAUGAAGAUACUAAUCUGUUUGGUCAUGUCCAUCUCGGCUCUGGUGAUCCGUUCACUCCAGGUUACCCAUCUUUCAACCACACCCAGUUUCCUUCAGCUAAGUCCUCAGGCCUGCCAAGCAUUCCUGCCCAGACCAUCAGAGCCAGUACAGCUGCAGCGAUCAUGAGGAAAAUGGGAGGUCGUGAUCCACCUCAUGAAUGGGCUAGUGGUGGUCUGAGAGAUGUAACGUACAAGCUUGGUGGUGAUGAUGACGUUGUCUCCAUGGAGGUCAACAACACUCUCGCUGUGACGAAGAUCUUCAACAUGUUUGGAGUCAUCAAGGGUUUCGUAGAUCCAGAUCGUUUUGUGGUGAUUGGAGCUCAGAGAGAUGCCUGGGGUCCUGGAUUUGCUAAGUCGACUGUUGGCACUAGUUUGCUGCUUGAAUUAGCCAGAGUUAUUACCGAGAUGAGCAAAAGUGGUUUCAAACCCAGGAGGAGCAUCGUGUUUGCAAGCUGGACUGCAGGGGAAUACGGGGCUGUGGGUGCCACCGAGUGGUUGGAGGGCUAUUUGUCCUCUUUGAACAUGAAAGCCUUCUCCUACAUUAGCCUGGAUGGCGUUGUCGCAGGUUCCUUUUUCAAAGCAAGUGCCAGCCCGUUGAUGUACAACUUGAUAGAAAGUACUUUGAAAGAGGUAUCUUCCCCCAGUGACCCCAGCAAGAGUUUGUAUUCUCAAGCGGAUGGACACAACUGGGAGGCGGCCGUGAUGGAGCCGAUGAAGAUGGACGACCCCGCCUAUCCAUUCCAGACCUUCUCUGGUAUUCCGUCAGUCUCGUUCCAGUUUACCGAGAAUAAACGAUACCCGUUCUUCGGCACCACGCUGGACACCAGAAAGAAUCUGGAAGCUCAGUCGUCUACAGAAUUGCUUGUGGUGGCCAAGGCGGCAGGUGAGAUCGCGGGGGUGAUGGCUCUUCGGCUUGUCCGUGACCACCUGCUCAGACUGAACGUGGAGAAAUACAAGAACGUCCUGAACAUACACGUCGGCAAAAUCAACAGAGAAGUAAUGCGUCUGCAGAAGUUCCGCCACCUUACAGAGCCCGUGCAAAUGCAGUGGUUGACGUCAGCUUUGGGUUCCUACAGUCGUGCUUCUAAUCGACUCAUCACCAGCAUGGAAAACAGCGACCUUGAUGACCAGGAGCAGUGUCGCAUCAUCAACAACCAAAUCAUGGCGGUGGAGAGGAAUCUGCUGUCUCCUUACGUGUCUCCCCGGGACACUCCGUUCAGACACAUAUUGUUUGGCUCUGGAUCACACACUCUGGGAGCUGUGUUCACACACCUAUCCUCGAUACAGAACGGUACCACCAGCGUGGACGCUGUCCUACUGAAUAAUCAGAUCGCUGUGGCUGCCUGGACGAUCCAGAGCUGUGCCAGUGCGUUCGCUGGGGACGUCUGGGACACGGAAAACGAUCUCGAGUGAAACAGUUUGCACUGGAUUGCACUAUUACACUGCAUAAGGUGUCAGAGACAUUAUAUAAAUGAACUGACAUUGAUUAGACCACCUUAGAGCGUUACACUGUGAAAUAUUUCAGCCCACUGCUGUGGUUCACGUGGACGGGUGCUGAUAAUGUGAUUUGGGGUGUGCUGUUAUAGGAAAACAAUCAAUGAGCAAUUUUUACAACCCUUUUUACAUCACCAGCCUCUUCACCACAGUCAUGGUACCGAUAAACAGCAAAACGUGAACUCCUCUGUCCUGAAGACUUUCCUGUGUUGGAAAUCGCUGACGCUGGAGACUCCUUCCGUAAUCGUUAAAUAAACAUUUUCACCAUAUCAUUGAUUACGCGUGUGUUUAAAUUGUUUAUAUGGUGUAUUCGGUAGAGUAUGGCAGUCUAAGCAAUUAAGAAUGAGCGCAUUAAACUUGUGAUUUGUUUUGCAGCCGGAACUAUUACCAUAUAUAUAUA